AUGGCAGGCCUAUCCGCUGACACUUGCCCUGCAAAGGCAGAGCCGACCCUUUCUUUUACACAAGGCCUCAUUCUCGGCCAGCUCUCAGUCGUCCUCGUUCUGGCGGCCUUUAUCAAAUUCUUCAUCUUCGGCGACCCUCCCUCGCCAGAGGUGACAGCGUCAUUGAGAGCAACAGAACGUCGGUCAAGGACGUUGGCUCAUAAGCGCUCUCUCCUUAGUCUUCGUACAGCAAAUGCGAAGCAUGGCCAGCAGACGCUCAACCGGAAGAAGUCGAGCGUCCUCCGAAAUCCUCCGAACUUAACCAUCGGUUCCAUCCUCAGCAAAACCUAUUACAAUGUUGAUAGUCACCAGCCAGAAAGUUUGGACUGGUUCAACGUCCUCGUGGCCCAAACAAUCGCCCAGUUUCGAAGCGAUGCGCAACAUGAUGAUGCCAUUCUGAGCUCUCUCACCAAGGCAUUGAACGGAGGAUCGAGGCCCGACUUCGUAGAUGAGAUCCGCGUCACGGAGCUUAGCCUAGGAGAAGACUUCCCCAUUUUUAGCAACUGUCGAGUCAUUCCCGUUGACGAGGACGGGCUGAACUUAGGCAGCGGCAGGACUCUUAACGCGAGCGCCGCAACGAGGGACGGCGCGAAGCUACAGGCACGGAUGGACGUUGACCUCAGCGAUAUGCUUACUCUUGCACUUGAGACAAAGCUCCUCCUCAACUAUCCCAAAAACCUCAGCGCCGUGCUACCCGUAGCACUUUCAGUUACCGUUGUAAGGUUCAGUGGCACCCUGUCCAUUUCCUUCAUCCCGAGCAACCCAUCACAAUCUACCCCGACCAUGAUGACUUUCAGCUUCAUGGAUGAUUACCGCCUUGAUCUGUCGAUUGGAAGUCUUCUUGGGGGCCGUUCAAGGCUAAAAGAUGUGCCUAAAAUCGCCCAACUGAUCGAGUCGCGUCUACACCGCUGGUUCGACGAGCGGUGCGUGGAGCCCCGAUUCCAGGAGAUCGCCCUGCCGAGUAUGUGGCCGCGCAAGAAGAACACCAGGGGACCGGAAGAUGGGUUAGCCGAGAUCAACGCAUCGGUGAGCAGGGCAAAAGGAAAGGAAAUCAACCCAAAUCUCCGCGCAGAAGCUCGAAGAGAGGUCGAGGCCGAGGCAAGGACGCAAACAGGUUGGGAGCAGGAUUCGCUGCGUCGGCGGAGGAUGCGCAGUGAUGAUGGAUUAACAAUACCCGGCGCAAUGCCAGGACUGGACAUCGAUAUGGAAAAAUGA